AUGAUGAGGAAGGAUCUAAAGUUUCUAUACCAGGGAAUUGGUUAUAAAGAAGGGUUCAGCUCGGGUGAAGUUUCAUCUUUCUUGCAUAGGAAGAAAUGUAUUCAUACUCGUGCUAUUGUAUUCGCCAUUACCUCUGCUCAGGGUGUCAAGCUAGUCCCACUGGACGCUUAUCACACUUAUCACAUUUACCAGGCAACCUUUCUGUUCUCCUUAGUUGUUGCUGGUCAGAGCGACGUCUUGGUCAUGGGUAAUCCUUCCAUGGACAAGUUGGAUGGGUAA